UCUGGAGGUGAGGAUUUGCAGACUGAAAUCUCAAAACAAACUUCACGCCAUGAUCUGACAAAGUCACUCGAUUCAUCGGGAUGUGGAUGUCAUUGGCAUUUGAAUCUAGAAGAAGAAAUGUUUAUUUGUUCUGUUUCUGGGAGAAGAUUUCAAACAUCAGUGUGACUGGGAAAGCACCGAAACACACACACACCCGCGUGAGAGUGUUCCAGUGAACUGACUGUGGAAAGAGCUUUAACCAGUAACACAGCCUGAAAAAACUUCGCAGCAUUCACACUGGGGAGAAACUGUAAAUGUGUUCUGUUUGUAGAUGAGUCUUCAACUGAUCGUUGAACCUGGCAAGACAGAAGGACACCCUCGCCAUGGAGAAAAGAUGGAAGUGUGGGGGCUGUGGGAAGGGAUUCCGUUGCCCGUCUGAUCUGGAAACGCAUCGACGCAGUCACACUGGGGAAAGGCCAUUCACCUGCUUCGUAUGUGGAGAGGGAUUCAGCAAGUCAUCCACUCUGCAGUCACACCAGCGAGUUCACACCGGGGAGAGGCCAUUCACCUGCUCCGAGUGUGGGAAGGGAUUCACUCAGUCAACCAACCUGCUGACACACAAGCGGGUUCACACCAGAGAGAGGCCGUUCACCUGCUCUGAGUGUGGGAAAGGAUUCACUCAGUCAUCCAACCUGCUAAUACACCAGCGAGUUCACACUGGGGAGAGGUCAUUCACUUGCUCCAAAUGUGGGAAGGGAUUCACCCAGUCAUCCAACCUACUGACACAUCAGCGAGUUCAUACAGGGGAGAGGCCAUUUGCCUGCUCUGUGUGUGGGAAGGGAUUUAGUCGGUUAUCCAGCCUGCAGGAACACCAGCGCGUUCACACUGGGGAGAGGCCAUUCAUCUGCCCUGUAUGUGGAAAGGCAUUCACUUGGUCCUCCCUUCUAUUGAGACACCAGAGACUGCACCAGUGAUUACAAGGGUUCAUUCUGUUGUUAUUGCUGCUGCGAAUCACAUCCAGGACUGAACCAUGUUCAUUCUCACAGCUGGACUGUCCGGUCUCAUGACCUUGCUUCCAGUGGACUGAUGCACUUUGAGACUUGUUGCGAAUAUCCAGUUUCAUCUUUCAUUUGGAUCAGAGAAUGAAAGGGUGUUUGGAAGGAAAAAGAAAUUCAGUUUGCCUUCCAUUUUCUCCCAAAGUGUCACUCAUUGCCUUGGAGAUGGGCUGUGGGGGUUAGAGUGUUUUUUUUUAAUUUAUCUGGAUGUUUCUCUCAGGGGACAAUUACAGACUUGGUCUUGUGUAAUUUACAGUUCACUUGGAAUUCAUGUGAGGGGAAAAAGAAGUUGGAAGAUUUGCCUAGUUUGAAGCUAGAGGAAGAAAUCUCCAGUGGUCCUCAACGUGAAAGGCAGUUGGCCUUGUGUCAGAGAGCAGUCAGCUUGGAAAGAGCUGUGAAGAAGCUGUGGGAGCUGACUGGGAAAAAGCAGCUGUCCAAAGCCAGCUGAAGAAGGCAGUGGCAUCCUCACAGAGAGGAAGAGCUCUGCAUAUCUAAGUCCCAGACUGGAGAGAAAUCAAAGUAAAUUCCAGAGGGCUGUGGCAUACUUUGGGCUGGCCCCAAAGAAAGUGAAUGAAGCCUCAAGAUUUCGUAAGAUGCUGCCAACCUGCGGAGUUUUUCCAGCACAUUGUUUGUAUUUCAGAUCUCCAACAUCUGCAGUAUUUUGCUUUUAUAUUAAUCUAACCCUUAAGUAAAUUAGUUCUGUCAGUUAAUAACAUUGAUUCAAGUACAGUGUUAACUAUGCUAAUUUGUUAAUAAAGUGGUGUUAACUCAUUGAUAUUUGUCUGGACUAAAUUUCAUUACCUUUUUUUAUUACUGACUGGGAUCUCCCUCUCUCUCACUGCACCUUGUGUUUCUCUCAGCACACUAACUGGGCUAUCCAUCAAAUCUUGGGACAUGCAUGUUGCAUACAAACUGUGAGACAGUGAGCAGGUUAUUGCUGAGUAAGUACUGCCUGAUAGCACUGUUGAUGAACC